CAGUCAGCAUAGCUGGUGAUGGAAACACGGUUACACCCCCUCAUAUCGCCCAAUUGGGUAAUAAACACCCCCAGCCCGUGUAAAGAGACCGGUCGUUUCUGGUUCGCGCAGCAGCAUCACCUCCGAAGGGCGAAAACAAUCCACAAACAGCCAUAAACAACCAUUUCAGUGCAUAUUGGUAAACAUUGAUACACAUUUGAUCAGCCAUUUAAAGCCACACGGAAGAUUCGAAGAUGGCUGGAGGAUUGAGCUUUGAGAACCACCAGAGAAACCAGUUUCUCGCAGCCAAUGGACACGCGCCGCCAACGGCGACGUCCACGGGUACGACGAUUGUUGGAGUGAAGUUCAACGGUGGCGUUGUGAUUGCCGCUGAUACGAGGGCCACUGCUGGGGACAUUGUUGCCGACAAGAACUGUGAAAAGCUCCAUAGAUUGGCUCCUAAGAUCUGGUGUGCCGGUGCAGGUACUGCAGCGGACACUGAGAUGGUGACACAGCUGAUUGCGUCCAACUUGGAGCUCCAUUCGCUGAGCACGGGCAGGGAACCAAGGGUGGUGACCUCGCUUCAGCAGUUGAAACAGCACCUCUUCAAGUACCAAGGCCACAUUGGUGCGUACCUCAUCGUGGCAGGUGUGGAUCCAACAGGAGCACAUCUGUUCUCUGUCCAGGCGCACGGUUCUACAGACGUUGGCUACUACCAGUCGUUGGGAUCGGGUUCGCUAGCUGCAAUGGCAGUGUUGGAGAGCGAGUGGAAACAGGAUUUGAGUAAAGAGGAGGCAAUCAAGUUGGCGUCUGACGCGAUCGAAGCCGGUAUCUGGAACGAUUUGGGGUCCGGUUCGAACGUUGACGUUUGCGUGAUGGAGAUUGGCAAGGAUGCACAGCUGUUGAGAAACUACAAGACUCCUAAUGUCAGGGCUCCGAAGGAGAGAAGCUACAAGUUUGCCAGAGGCACCACUGCAGUGCUCAAAGAGUCCAUAUACAACCUGGUGGAUGUUAGUGAGGAUAUCGUUGUGAGUGCGGGCGAGCCAAUGGAAGUUGAUGCUUAGAGAGACUCCCCACGUAGUGAUAUUUAACGGGUGC